UUCAGCUUCCGGAAGCUGUGGGCUUUCACCGGCCCCGGAUUCCUCAUGAGCAUUGCCUUUCUGGACCCGGGGAACAUCGAGUCGGACCUGCAGUGCGGGGCCGUCGCUGGGUUCAAGUUGCUGUGGGUGCUGCUCUGGGCCACCAUCCUGGGGCUGCUGUGCCAGCGGCUGGCGAUCAGGCUGGGUGUGGUCACGGGACUGGACCUGGGUGAGGUCUGCUACCAGUACUACCCAAAGGUACCGCGCGUGCUGCUCUGGAUCACGAUCGAGAUCGCCAUCAUUGGUUCCGACAUGCAGGAGGUGAUCGGGACGGCCAUCGCUUUCAGCCUCCUCUCAGCCGGACGCAUCCCCCUGUGGGGCGGAGUCCUCAUCACCAUCAUCGACACCCUCUUCUUCCUCUUCCUGGAUAAAUACGGUCUCCGGAAGCUGGAAGCCUUUUUCGGUCUCCUGAUCACUAUCAUGGCAGUGACCUUUGGCUACGAGUACGUGGUGGUACGGCCUGCCCAGACGGAGGUGCUGAAGGGCAUAUUCUUCCCCUACUGCCGCGGCUGCGGGCGGGAGGAGCUGCUGCAGGCUGUGGGCAUCGUGGGCGCCAUCAUCAUGCCGCACAAUAUCUACCUCCACUCCUCCCUGGUCAAGACCCGCGAAGUGACGCGCUCCCAGAGGCAGGAGGUGAGCGAGGCCAACAAGUACUUCCUGAUUGAGUCCUGCAUCGCCCUCUUCAUCUCCUUCCUCAUCAACCUCUUCGUCAUGGCCGUCUUCGGCCAGGCCUUCUACCACCGCACCAACCAGGACGUGUACAACGUUUGCGCCAACAGCAGCGUCAGCCAGUACGCCCCCAUCUUCCCCAGGAACAACGAGACGGUCUCCGUGGACAUCUACCAAGGGGGCGUCAUUCUGGGCUGUUACUUCGGCUCCGUUGCUCUCUAUAUCUGGGCCAUCGGGAUUCUGGCAGCGGGGCAGAGUUCCACCAUGACCGGGACCUACGCUGGGCAGUUUGUCAUGGAGGGGUUCCUGCAGCUGCGCUGGUCCCGCUUUGCCCGCGUGCUCUUCACCCGCUCCUUCGCCAUCCUCCCCACCGUCUUCAUCGCCGCCUUCAAGGACGUCAGCCACCUGACGGGGAUGAACGACCUGCUCAACGUGCUACAGAGCAUCCUGCUCCCCUUCGCCGUCCUCCCAGUUCUCACUUUCACCAGCAUGCGGCCGCUCAUGCAGGAGUUCACCAAUGGCAUUGUCGGGAAGGUGCUGAUGAUCCUCAUCACCGGGCUGAUCUGCGCCAUUAACCUCUACUUCGUGGUGAUCUACAUCCCUACGCUGGGCAGCAUUGCCUACUACAUCCCCCUGGCCUUCGUGCUGGCCGGCUACGUGGCCUUCACCGCCUACCUGAUCUGGAUGUGCUGCAUUGCACACGGAGCCGACUUCCUGGCCUGCGGCCGCCACAGCCAGUUCUCCUACGGGCUCCCCUCCACCGACCCCCCAGGCGGGGCAGGGCCCCGAUGACGCGUCGUGCCCUGCCCCUGGGCACUCGCGCCACAGGACUGGGCUGCCUCUGGGUUUGUCGCCAUCCCAGGAGGGAAGGAAGCCAUCGCCACGCAGUCACCGCUACCGGCAGGGCCAGGGUUCAGGGCUGGGCUCCCCACUCCCCCCAUGGACUGACGGACAUGCAGCAUCCCAGGGCAUCUCCCCUUCUCAGCAAGCUCAGGGCAUGGGGGGGCGGCACUGAGCAAUUAGCACCUUCGCAGGCACCUGUGAUCACACACACACACACACCCUGCCGCCACAGCUCUGCUGGUGCUCCCCAAUCCUGACCCACAGCCCCCUGCUAUAGUCCUGGUCCCCCCGGAGUGCUGCCGGUGCCCCUCAAUCCCGACCUGCAGCUCUUGUUUAAGGUCCAGAUCCUACAUGUGAAAUAAUGACCCUAAGUUCACACUGAUUGUGGAGGUAACUGAGCCCUCGGGGGAUCCCACUGUGAGUAGCCCUUGCUGGCCAGGGUCGGGGGAAUGGGCUGGGAGGGGCCGGAGCUGUGACUGGAGUAAAAGCUGCAGUAUCCCAGAAGAAGAUUCAUGGAGAAGGAGUUCAAGUUGCAGACCCUGCCAGCCAGGCACCUCCCCGGGAAAGUGCCGCUCUGUGAAUAAACUUGAUUUCAAGGGUUCCCUA